AACAGGAGCCAGGACCUGUGUAGAAGAUGGUUCUCGCCAUGGUGGGGGCUUUGCACCCCCGGGCUGGGCUCAGCCUCUUCCUCCUCCAUCUCCUCCUGGCGGCGGCACUGCUUCGCUCCCAGCCUCUGAGGUCUCAGCAGUCUGCUCCCGAGGCGUUCUCUGCCCCCCUGGAACUCUCGCAACCAAUUUCCGGCCUGGUGGAUGACUAUGGCGUCCGCCCCAAGCACCCAUGGCCGAGAGGGCCUCGACCCCUCCUGUCCCGGGCCCAGCAGCGCAAGCGGGAUGGGCCUGACAUGGCUGAAUAUUACUAUGAUGCCCACCUGUGACUCCAGGCCCUCAUAAAGCUAUUCUGCGUGGCAAAGGCUUGGCUUUCCUGGGCUGGGUGCGAGAUGGGCACGGGAGGGGUCCUCGCAGAUAUAGCCACUGCAGUCCAGACAGGAAAUGGCACUUUAAUAGUUGGGGCCAGGGUGACAGGACCAAGAUGGGGCUGGCCUGGGUCAGUCAGGAAGCCUCCCUCUCCUGCUGGGACAGGGCCUUGCAGCAGCUCCCCCUCCCCACUGAGUUCCUAGGCCUGCCACAGGCCAGCAUGCCGGUGAGGUCAGUGGCAGGAGCCACCCAGAGGCCCUGCAGAUGACGGAACUGCGAACAGGACUUCACCUCCAUGUGUUGCCAUUUCCUCACUGGAAAGUCCUUGGGAGGCGGCUGGGCUCAGCCUGAGCUCAGGACUCUUCGGUGGGGGUUGGGGCACGGGCUUCAUCCAGGCAGGAGCCAGAGCGCCUGAGCCCUGGCAGGGGAGGUAAGGCCCAGGAUGGGGCAGGGCUGUGUGCUCCUGGAACGGACAUCCUUCUCUGCCAGAGGUCUGUCCUCCAGCCCUGCCCCCUCCCGAUCCCCAGACAGCCCAUUCUGCCCUCCAUAGAUGAAUCUAAUCCCAUAUAUUACAAUAAACUGCAUUUGCCUCUCCCCAUCGCCCCCGCCCUCCCCCACCCUGGGCCAGCGGUCCCCACAUCCUUGUCCCCUGGUGGUGGCAGGUGCCCCUCCUCAAGCAGUGCCACAUCCUGUCAGCAGCCAGCUGUCCUGGCACUGGCCUGAGGGCCGGGAGACGCAGAGGGCAGGGCUGUGCGGCUACUCCAGGUAGAUAUCUUCUGUGGGGCACGUGUACUCCACAAACUGCUUGUAGAACUGCUGGAAUGCUCUCCUAGAAGCCAGGGACACACAGGUGGCUCGGACCGCCACUGGCCAGGGAGGAACAGGAUCCCCACCCAGGGUUUUCCCAUUGGAGCCUGGGGGCCCGAGUGCAGCUCUGGUUCCUCUAGCCAGGGCCACUUGGCUCCGUUCUCUACGGAAUUGCCAUUGCAUUUCCCAGUAAGAUGCCAGUUGAAGAAAUGACCCAGAAGCUACCAAGCUUAGAAGCUGCUCCUCAGGCCCGCCCUGCCACCCUCCCUCCAGGCCACUGCACUGGGAGCUGGCGAUGGUUCUCCAGAGCUACAGGGUAAACCGAGGAAGCAGCCCCAGGGCCUGAGAUUGGGCAUGCUCCGUCGGGCUGUGUGCUCGGCAGGACGCACACGUACCCCACGGACUCUGCCAGGGCUUUGGUGGAAUCCUCAGACACAAAGACGUGGCAGGCAAACCGGUGGUCGGCAGGGUGCUUGGUGAUGAACCCAAAGUACCUGCGGGGACAGGUCUGUGCUGGGAUGUGGGGUGGAGCUGGCCCACAGCCACCCGAUGGCUGCAGACUGCCCGUGCAGCCUCCACUGCUGUCCUAACCCCACUUACUUGUUGUUCUUUGGAUGAUAUCCGCAGAAAGAGAUGUUUUUUAACUGGAAAAAGUGGCUACAUUUAUUCCCCUACAGGAGGGAGAAAAGAAGCAAGACGGCAGUCACCCGGCCUGCGGUGGGGGUGAGAGGAGAUGGCCGCUUCAUGGCAAGUCUUGGGGGAGAGCUGGGGGCCAUGGAAGGAAGGGGCUGGGUUGGGAGAAGUCACCUUGGCCUCCUGGGAGUCAUCGGCCUUGACACCUAUCUUCACGCCCCGCACGCUGAUCUCCAGGACGCAGCUGGAGGGCGGGUUAAAGUGCACGGUGAGCCGGCGCGUGGUGGCAAUCUGUAGGUGACGAAUGGAGCCACAUCAGCUGCUAUCUGUUCCUCUGCUGAUCCCUCUUGUGCCAGGGCCUGAGGCCUUAGGCCUUUACUGCCCCUAGACACCUGUGUCCUUCUGCCCCAGGGACCCAUCCAAGGGAAGGGAGAGGGCUCAGGUACCUUUUGCAUAGCGGCACAGAGGACGUCAUUGCCCUUGUGAUAGGGAACCUGGACCGAACCCAGGAAUUUCACCCGGAACUGGUCCACCCAGUCGCUGUUUUUGGCCAGGGCUGGAAAGCAAGCAUGAAGUGAGGAGGAGCAGAACCAGCAGGAGGGGGCUGAACAGCCAAGCCCAGGAGGGUGGGUGAGGCACGGGGAACAGCAGAGCCACAGAGGCUGCCAUAAUCCCCAGCUGCCCAGCUUGGCCAGGCCUCACUGCUUGAUCGUGAAAAGGACCUGAAAUCACCUCCACUCAGCCCCCGGCCUGGCUGGCUGAGAUCUGGGGCAUACGUUCACCUACAGCGAGUCGGGGCAGGCAGAUGUGGGGGCUGGAGCACAGGCCAGGGAGGGAACGCUACCUGCCAUGUGCUCGGGCUCCUUGGUGACCUCGAUGGCGUAGUAGGCGGGAAAGACACCCCGGGCACCAGUGCGCAUGUUGUAGGCCUCGUACCAGUAGUCUUCGGCCUGGAGCUCCACCAGCAGAGGGUCGUCCACUUCCAGCUCAAGUUCGUCUUCGUGUCGAGGCACAAACCUGUCCCCAGCAAGGACAUGUGAGAAAUUCGGCAGCAGGGCCUUUCCAGACAGGCCUGCUCUGGGGUCUGGGAGCCACAGCGGCGGCAUUAUUUCAGUAAACAUUUGCAAA